CCACUCUCUAAACAUCUAUGAAAUCAAGAAAAGCCCUAGAGGUAGAAAGAGGCAAACUACGACUCAAGCUUUCUAAUUAUUAACUACCAACUUUUAUGUUUUAGGGUGUGUGAUAAUUUUGAACGCAGGAUUUGAAUGGGCUUAUUGAGGUAAUUGGUAAGGUGCAAUCUUGCAUCUGAGUUUUGAUUGUUGGAUUCUUGUUUUUAGACAUGGAAGUGAGGGCAGAGGAAGUGGAAAUCAAAGUCUUGAAGAGUUGUAAGUGUGGUGAAUUUGAGAAGAGGAUAGUAGAAUUAGAAUGGGAGAUUCAAAAGAAAAGCAUCGAGUAUCAUGAACUUGAAGCUAAGCUUAAGGAACUUGGAGAGGAAAAAAAUAGUCUUGCAAAUGAAGUAAACGGUUUGAGGGCAAAGAUUGGUGAAGUUAAAGAGGUGGAUGGUGUGGUUGAUUUGACUGCGGAGGAAGAGGAAGAUAAGAUGGCGCAGUUAAUGAUUGAGAACAAAGUUUUGGAAUACGAGAAGAAAAGCGCUGCAAUAGAAGUUGAAGUUUGGAAGGAAAAGUACAAGGAAUUGGAGUUGUAUACUUUGAAGCUGAAUGGUGGUAUGGUAUUGAAAGGUGGGAAGCGAGGUGAAGAUGGUGCAGAUGCUACUUGCAAUACUCCAGGCACACCUUUCAAUGACAUUAUGCGUAGCCACACUGUUUGUGGAAAACCAAGUAUCUAUUUAGACUCUGAAGGGAAAUGUGGUGGACAAGUUAGAAAGAGUUUAUCAUUUGAAGAAGGCAAAAGCCCAAGCAAAAAGAUAGCCCCAUCAACCCCAGGUUAUGUUUGUCGUGCUGCUCCAAAUGUUAUCAACAUUGGUGACAGUGAUGAUGAAUUUGAUACCCGUGGUAUACAAACGUUUACUUCUGAUGGUCAGGGAAAUGGAAAGGUUUGCAUUUCAAUGGAUCAUCCACUAGAGAGAACUCCAGAUAGUAAAAACCAAAAGAUUUCAGAGAUCAUUUUAAAGGGGGCAGUUUGCAACCAGAUUCGCAAAGAAUAUAUGGAUGCUGUCUAUGAUAAUGUUCCACAUGUUUCGACUCCCAAAAGAAAAAGAGCUGCUAAUGUUAUUGCUAGUGAUACUGAGAGUGAUGUAGAUGACAAUGUUCCAAUAUCUAAACUAAAGAGGUUGCAUCUUCAGGAAUCAAUUCCUCAUGUAGUAAGCAUAGAUAGGGUGACUCCCAAGAGCGAUGAUGUUAAAGGUCCUGUAACUCGUUCAAGGCGGCGUUUAGCAACAUUGAGGAAUGAUGAAGGAAAAGUUAAGGCAAGUAUCUCUCCAAGUAACACCUCUGAAACCAACUACCAUCGAGGAAUUCCUACAACUGAUGAUGUUGAAGAUAGUGAAUCUGAUGAUGCUGGAUCAGACAGUGAAGGUGGGAGCUUGGAUGGAUUUAUUGUGAGUGAUGACACCUAUGCAUCUGAUGCUGAUGAUACUUCAAGUGAGUCAGAAGAGAAACCAAAUGAUGGAAAUGAUGCUUUUGGCCUGUCAGAUGAUGGAUCAGAUGAAGACCCCGACUUUGGGAUGAUUUUGUCUAGAUUUCAAAGGAGCAAGGAUCACAAGUUCAAGUGGGAGUUUGAGGGAGAUAUGCUCUCAGACUUUGGCAAAGAUCCUGAACUGUGUAUGAAAGCUGUGUGUGCUCUCUAUCGGCAGCAAAGUGAUGAGGAAAAACUUAACAAGGAAACAUUGCAUGACAAUGGUCGAGGAUUUAGCAAAUUUGAUGCUCCCAGGGGCAGUAAGUUAGCUGAGUUUCUCAUUGAUGGAGAUCCCUCUGGUGAUCUAAAGAAAUCUGUCCUGGAGCUGCAAUCAUACAACUCGAAAGGUGUUACACUGUGCCGGAAAUUGGCUACUCACUACUCUAAACAAUUGUUUCAGAUCUACAAAAACAAAGAGGAUCCUCUUUUCCUCCCUCAAGACCAGGCGAGUCAGUGAAACAGGUAGAAACAGAACUCACAUAGAUGAUAAACCUAGAAUGGUAUUUUGUUGUUUCCCCAUCCUCUGCUAGCAGGUUAAUCCUUUUGGUUUUUGUGAAGUGUAUAACUUGUAAGCAUAAAUAGAUUCUAUCACCGUGCCACUAUAGGUUUGCAUGUAUUAGCGGAACAUCCACUUCUUCCAUCUUUUGCUAAUUUAUGUUCAUAUUUAGUCCUAAUUAAUUAGGUUUGAGCCGUCAGACUUGUAUAGGAGAGUAUUUAGGUAUCAUCUUGUUGCAUUUCUCAUCAGUGUUUGUAAUUCUCCAUGAACUUUCAUUCCUCUUUGAUGAUAUGAGAUGAUACAAGUGUUACUUCAGUUA